AUGUCAAAUGCACCAGAUAAAGCGUCGACAGUUGACUGUAGUGAGCUUGACUCCAUCAGAACUCCAUCAGAGUUUCAAGAUAAUCAGAGCAAUUCCUCUGGACUUUCGGACGAUGACGUCGGGAGAAUGAUCAAACAAACAUUAGAUCCGGUUUGGGCCGCUAUUCACGAAAUUAAUAAAGACCGUUUUACAAUGAUAUCAAAAAUCAAAGAGCUCGAAGAACAAGUCAAAAAUUUGACGAAUGAAAAUGCAAAUUUGAAGAACGAGGCCGACACUUUGCGUCAGAACGACCGGUAUUUUGAAGGCGAAUUGGAAAAACUUGGAGUCGAAAAUCAACAGCUAAAGAACCAUAGUAAAGAAUUACGUUUGAUUUCUCAGCAAGAAAUAAUCAAAACCGAAAUAUUUGUUGGACCCCUCCCUCAAGAUAUGAAAAAAGAAGAUAUAAAAAGAGUAUUUGAGGAAUUUGGCGAAGUCCAGCAAAUCAAAAGAGAUUCCGUCAACAAACGAAACUGUUCAAUCAUUUUCAAAUCUGAAGAAAGCGUCGAAAAGGCUCUUCAACGUAGGGAUCUUAUUGUUUGGAAAAGUCAAAAUCUGAAUAUACAGAGGGCAGUUGAUAACAAAGGCAAAGAAGACAAACGACGAACACUGUAG